AUGAUCGGUGAGGGUCGCGACGAGGCCGGCAGGCUCUAUGUUGCUCCACUUCUAGAUGACGAUGUACGACUACUCAAUCCUGACAAUUCCGAGGAUGCUCCGCCCCCCGAUGUAGAAUCAGGCAGCUCUCUUCCUGUCUGGCUACAAGAAUCAUCCAGGUCCUUUCGCUGGGGCUGGAUUCCCUUGCCUAUACGAAAGGUCGGCCGUGCCACUGCAAAUUGGGUCAAAGGCCCCGAUCCACCGCAUAUGCUUUUAUUGAAACCACUGUUCCCGCGACUCCAGGAACUACCCGUCCAAUACCUCGAACGCUUCUUCCCUAAGCGCAAACAGAAACUAUCCUUACUUUUGCUGCUCUAUGUGUCUUGGUUCUUACCAUGGUUCUUGGUUCUUUUGCAUUCCCGCUCCUCUGGUUUCAUUGAAGGAUAUGGCCAGCUUGAGACCCUUUCGUGUUCAACCAAUUUCUGGCAAUCUGAUAACGGAUGUGGUCUUAACGGAAAUGACUGUCGUCCGUUCUCCUCGUCGACGAUCGCCUUUCGAUGUCCCGCCAACUGCCGCGAUACCAAACUACUGGAGCCUCAUGUCGUAGGCAACCAGACUUUCAACUAUCAGGGUCUUGUGAUUGGCGGUCCAUUGUCGCAUUCCCGUGACUCGGCCAUCUAUCGAGCCGACAGCUUUGUAUGUCAAGCGGCGAUCCACUCGGGCGCCAUCACGAAUGACGGUGGCUGCGGUGUUGUGAAACUCGAAGGCGCAGCGCACUCUUUUCCGGCUGUGAAACAGAAUGGCAUCCAGUCGAACUCGUUUCCAUCGACAUUUCCGAAAGCAUUCAGCUUUCUCCAGUUGCCUUCAUCGCAAGCUAACUGUCCAGCGGACCCUCGAUGGCCUCUCCUUGGGGUGACGGCUGCUGCCAUCGGCAUGCUUUGGCUUUUCUGUACUUCACCACCGGUACUUUUCUUUAGCACGUUCUUCAUGGUCUUUUCCCACACCGGUCUAGUCGCCGAUCCGCCAACCUAUCCUCUCCUGGCCGACCUCGUUUCUACUCUGCUAUCUCGUCUCCUGCCGGCAUCCUUCGUUGUUUAUGUCCUAUACAAGUUCUGUGCGGCUCCUCUCCUGCAGCCAAUUAAAUCCCCUAUAUACCAGAUCGAAAAGCUGCUCUUAUUUCUCCCACCGCUUUUCAUCGGAGCUUUGAACAACUAUACAUUUGCUCGGUUGAUCCCACUCCAGCGUCUUACCCCAAUGGACAUUCAGCAACAGCCCGGGGCAAAACUGGCAUUGGCACUGAUCAUCCCCAUCGUGAUUGUGAUUGUGCUUAGCCAAGCGUGGCAGAUUCGCCAGGGAGGGUUAUUACCUCGGUAUCUCAAGAUCUACUGCAGCAUUGCUCUUAUUAUCUUAAUCCUCUUGCCACUACCUGGUCUCCGACUCCGGAUUCAUCACUACAUUCUGGCUAUUCUGCUCAUGCCCGGCACGGCUUUCCCAACACGGCCCUCGCUGAUCUACCAAGGAUUGCUUCUUGGUUUAUUUAUCAACGGAAUUGCCCGUUGGGGAUUUGCUUCCAUCAUUGAGACGCCCGCAGCCUUGGGAGAAUUGGCCCCAGGCCGUAGCGGUGGUCAUGCCUGGUGGGGCUCUAUGUAUCCCAAUAUUACCGAUCACUCGGUACGGGUUUCCUUGCCUGGGGUGGGAUCCCGCGAGACCUAUCGUGGCAAUGGAAACAUCACCUUUAAUCUAUGGGAGCCUGAGCGAAUGGCUGAACUUGCUGUGGAUGGCGUUUCGGUUCUUUUAAAUGACGUGGAACGCUGGCGAGGUUAUCUAGAUGAAGACAAGCGAGGCGAAUUCACUUGGCACCGCCAUGGCCAUGAUGGUCUAGAGCUACAACAACCGCCCAUCCUCGAACGCCGCAGUCUUGACGCAUUUCAACCUGACUCCCAGGCUGUGUUUCUAGCUGACGGUCAUAUUUCCGACGAACCCGAUGACCUGUUCUUCAGAUUUGCUUUCUUGCGGGGUGCCGAGGCUGGUCGCUACGGGCCCACUGGAGUCUGGCGCAGUGAUGGCACAUGGAAUUCCCCAAGUUCUGCAUAA